AUGGACGCAAAGAAGAAACGCGUGGCGAUCGUCGGAGCCGGCCCAAGCGGCCUGGCGGCAUGCAAGCACGCGCUGACCAAGGGCUUACGCCCCGUGGUCUUCGAGUCCGGCACCGCCGUCGGCGGCGUGUGGAACCGGACGCUGGCCUCCACGAGGCUGCAGACGCCGGCGUCCGCCUACCGGUUCUCCGACUUCCCCUGGCCGCCGGCGUCCGCGGACGACGAGGGGCUCUCCUUCCCGCGCCACGACCAGGUGGCGGAGUACAUGACCGCGUACGCGCGGCGCUUCGGCGUCCUGGAGCGCGUCCGGUUCGGCUGCAGGGUGCUCGGCGCCAGCUACGUCGGGGCGACGGAGCAGGAGGUGGCGGCGUGGGAACGCUGGUCCGGGAAUGGCGAGGCGUUCGGCGACGGCACGGGCGAGUGGCACCUCACCGUGCGGCACGGCGACGGCGACGGCGACGGCGACGGCGAGUCGGAGGGCGGCAGCACUCAGAUCUACAGGUUCGAUUUCAUAAUCCUCUGUAUCGGGAGGUAUGGCGUGGCGAAGCUCCCGACGUUUGCUGACGGGAGAGGCUCCGAGGUGUUCCGCGGGCGAGUGCUCCAUUCCAUGGAGUACUCAGCCAUGGCGCACGCGGACGCCGCCGAGCUGGUCAGGGGCAAGCGUGUCGCCGUGGUUGGCGCCGGCAAGUCGGCCAUGGACAUCGUCGCGCAGUGCGCCGAGGCAAACGGUAGCAGGUACCCGUGCACAAUGGUCUACAGAAGCGCCCAUUGGAUGCUGGAUCCUAAACUUGCUAUCACCACCUCGGCUCGAUGGACCGAAUUGAUGGUUCACAAGCCCGGAGAGGGGUUCGCGCUCAGCCUUCUCGCCACGGCACUCACUCCACUGCGAUGGCUUAUCUCGAAGUUGGCCGAAGUCUACUACAAGAGGAGCAUCCCGAUGCAGGAGCACGGGAUGGUCCCGGACGGCAGCUUCUCGCAGGGGAGCCUGGGCUGGCGGAUAGGCACACUCCCGGAGGGGUUCUACGACCGGGUGGACGACGGCAGCGUGGCGCUCAGGAGGUGCCGCGGCUCCGUCGGCUUCUGCGCGGACGGCCUCGUCGUCCUGGACGACGACGACGACGCCGUGGUGGGCGCCGACGUGGUCAUCCUCUCCACGGGCUUCCACAUCGACCGGCCGCUGCGGGACGUGUUCGCCUCCCCCAGGUUCGGCGAGAUGGUCGCGCCGGACGACGGCGGCGCGGCCGCGGUGCUCCCGCUCUACAGGCAGUGCGUGCACCCGCGGGUCCCGCAGAUGGCCGUCGUCGGGUACGUCGAGAGCGGCUCCAGCAUCUACCCCUACGAGAUGAUGGCCAAGUGGGUGGCGCACCUGCUCGACGGCGCGGUCCGGUUGCCGCCCGUCCGCGACAUGGAGCGCGACGUGGCGGAGUGGGCGCGGUGGGGCCGGUGGGCGAGGCGCGCGUGCGGGGGAUUCUUCCUCAAGUCGUGCAUCGCCUGCGUCACCACGUGGUACCACGACCAGCUCUGCCGGGACAUGGGCCACCGGCCUAGGAGGAAGGCCGGCCUCCUCGCGGAGUGGCUACAGCCGUACGGCCCAACCGACUACGCCGGCAUCCAGUGA